AUGAGCAGACGUCGAGCAAACCACCUAGCCAACCAAAUAAGGGACCAAUUUGUAAAUGCCCCGCCUCAGAUUCGGAUUGAUUUCUUGCGUAAGAAUGAUGAGAUCUUUGAAACCGAGUCCAAAGACUUCAUUCAAACCCUGGCCUCCUUUCAACAGGAGUUGGGUCAAAUAACCUCCAUAUUUGACAGCAACAGCAGCAAAAAAAGCAUCAACCAAUCUGUCAGAGCAGUGCUCUUCUUGGCCGCCUUCGGUCAAGUGUUGACUUUUCCAGCAGUGGAUUUCGAGGGAUCGACAUUUAUGCCUCCUUCGAUAGUCCCAUCCCCAGAGACUUCAGAGUUGGCCGAUUUGGAGAAACCGGAUUUGGAAGGAAUGCUGAAAUCCAUGGUGAAUAAAUACACGGCUACAAAGGUGGUAGUGAAUCCUGAAAUCACUCAGAAGGUUCAAGCUGCCGAAUCGGCAGCCAUUGCAAAAUACCUUCACCAGCUGGAUUUUCAAAAAAGGGUUCUGGAGGCAAGCGCUGCCCUCAAAACGUAUGCUAGACCUGCCACUCCAGCAAGUGCAAGCAGUUCUGCUAUUCGGCGGCCGCCUCUAACCGCCAGAACCAGAAAACAAUUUUCGAGCAGUCUAGAUGACAUGGAAAGCGGGGUUGGGUCAGACAACGAAGAGAUUGCUGCUGAAUUGAAGGAGAUGAAGGAUGAAAUAAUGGACAGAUUGAUGAGUCACGAUCGCUUGAUUGAAAGCGGGCGGGACAGGCUACAGAAGCGGUUGAAUGAGCGCAGGAUGGCCGCCAUGGCUGUGAAAGAGGAUACGGAGCGAAAUCACGCGCAGGCUAUUCUCUCCAGGCAGGAUGAAGUUGAACACAACGUUGACAAGGCAAAAAUGGAUAUGCAACGCAAACUGAUGUCGCGAAUCGAGGCGCAGAUGCAGAAUCGGAGUGAAGCAGGCAGCAGAAAUUCAGGUUCUUGGUCGGGUUGUGAAUGCGCGUCUAUUGACGGGGGCGGUGACGCCCUGCCGUCCACCUCAGCGCAACGAUCUCAGUGCAUCACUACCACCGAGAGCAUCAACAGUCUCGAGGUCGUCUUGCGAAUCCCAAACGCUGAGGAACGGACAGAUGUCCACGAUGUAUACGAUUCUUCCAACAGGAUUUUUAGAACGUUUUUUAUGGUAAAGUUUAAGCAAACUGCUGGCGGAGCUACUGUUUACGCUCAGGCGGAUGCACAAGUGGUCCUCUCACCUGAUGUCCAAUCUGCUCCUGGUUCUACCAUUGUCACUUCUGUGCCUGGCAGUGAUCAUAAUGACUACGGUGAUCAACUUACCUUCCCGGUGGACAAUGCAAUUAUGAAUGGUGGUUUUAGUGAUGACGAUAAGAUUGAUGAAAUUAUACAGCAUUUGGAGCUAACCGAUAUAGAGCGCCAAGUGGUUGAUCGGUUGAUCUCACUGGGUGAUACCAUUGAACAGCAUUGCGGAGAAGAGAUUGACAAACUUCUGGCCAGUCUUCGGGUCAUCCAAUCUCCAACCGAGACACUUCGCAAAAUUGCCGAGUACAUUUUUAAGGAAGCUCAAUUAAACUGGGGUCGAAUCCUCGUCUUCUUUUACUUCGUCGUUCGGUUCUUUCUGCGCUACGCGGCGGAACGUCUGGCGCAAGGUCUUGCCAACCUCGCUUCCAUAGUUGCCAAUGCUCUCAAGGAUAUCUGCACUGCUCGAAUCUUCCAGUGGAUAGCUGACCACGGCGGUUGGCGUCGUCUUACACCCAUCGGAGGCGCUAUUGCACGAAUUGAGAGCAUCAAGCCCCUUUUGUCCUCCUUGACCUUCCUGAUCCUUGCCCUUGGCACAGCAUUUUUCUUGGCUCGGGCUCGAGCCUUCUUUUGA